AUGACGAGGCGGGAAUACCCAUUCCCUAUCAUGAUCGGGGGGAAAUUCUACGAGAUCCUCGAGGAGCAUCAAGACGACAACAAUGGUGAAAGCAACCAGGAAUCUUUGCGGGACAUCAAGCUCGUCGCCGUCUUUGGUGGACAAAUGACAAAGCCCAGGAAGUUUCGUGGCAAGUUCAGAAUCUACAUUUGGCCGGUUAUUGAAACAAGUCCCGGUUUUUGGGUGCGAGCCUCUUAUAUGAGUACGGUGAUUUUUCAAGAUAUGUGGAACAUCCUUCCGCGGAAGAAGUGGGAGCUCAUCACGAUCGUAUAG